AUGGCAUUUAAACAUAGUUUUAGACGCCGUGUUUUAGCUUUUGCUUUGCUUUAUGUUUGUCUAUUUUGGAAAUUAGGAAAUGCUGAUGAUGGUGAUGAUGAUUAUCCCGAGAACCAGAUAGGUUCUGGAAUUGGUGGUGCUGGAGUUGGAAACGGUAGCAAUACAGGGGUUGGUGGUGGUAGAGUAGGAGCUGGGUUUGUUAUACUUGGUGACCCUUCUCAAAUUGUCUCCAAAUCCUUGCUUUGUUUCAGUGAUAUUUAUAAAAGUUGUGAAGAGCCAUAUAGAUUAAGUGAGAAAGGAGACUUGAAUGUAGCAAGAGAGAAGAUUUAUAAGUUCUGUGAAGGGCCAUGUUUGUCUGAGACUAGAUUGGUCCUUAGUUGCCUCAAAAAGAUAUACAGCCGCUUUACAUUUUCUAACAAAGCAACCAUACAAGACAUCAGAGAAACAAUUCAUGAUGGCUGUUUUGGCUUCCUUUUAGCUGAUCGUGACUUGAAUGUCAUUAAGCACAUGGAGAAGGAAGCUGAUGAAAAAGAAAACAGAGGUUUGAAGGGUGCUAAAACCUGCAAUGUUUUAAUGGGGCUUGCUUUGAUCCUAAUGGCCCCUGCUCUAUUACUCUAA